AUGAAAAUACUUUUUGGUUUAGAUCCCCAUUUGAGGCCGGUCACGACCGAUUACAACGAUCCCAAUUCGGUGGCUUUGAUGGAGGAACACGUCGAAUUGGCCAAGGAAUACUGGAAGGUUCAAACGGAGCUGGUGUUGAUGACCCAGAAGAAAAACAAACUGUUCAAGAGGCACUUGAAGGAGUUAAAGGAGGAAAGGAAAUCGUUGGAGUUGAACGAGCAAAGGCAAAUGUCGGUGGGACAUCAUCAGAGGAAUUCAUCGAGGAAUCCGGGAGUAUUCUUUCAUUAG